AUGGGUGGAGGAGACUUGAACAUGAAAAAAUCCUGGCAUCCGCUCUUGAUUAAAAAUCAAGAACGGGUGUGGAAGGAAGAGCAGAAGGCCUUGGAAGAACAAAAAAAGUUAACUCAAUUAAUGAAAGAAAAAGAAGAAGAAAGACAGUUACAGGAAUUGAGAAAAUUACAAGAGAGUGCUGGCGGAAAAAAAGGACCAGAAAGAUUAGAUUGGAUGUACGCAGCAGGUCCUAAUCAAUCUAGUUCAGCAAAAGCUCAAGAACUGGAAGAUUUCUUAUUGGGAAAGAAGUCCGUGAAUAAACUUAUUGAUAAUAGCUCAGCUUUGAGCAAGCUCUCUGAGUCAAAUGAUGUUUUUACAAGUACAAUGAAUCCAAAUGCUAAUUCAUAUAGGGAUACCCAGGCUAAAAUUCGUGAGGAUCCCUUAUUACUUAUAAAGAAAACUGAACAGGCCAAUAUUAAAGCUAUUGUCACUAAUCCUAUUAAAUUGAAAGAACUCAAAGAGAAGUCUAAAAAAAAUUCACAUCAUAAUCACGAUAAAUAUAGCCCCCCAAGGAAGCGUGAUAGACGUAACAGCCCUAUGCGACGGGAUUAUUAUGAGAGGAAUGAUCGUCGUCGUAAUAGGUUUGAUGAUGAUAAUGAUUCAGAUUCACAUCAUAAUCACGAUAAAUAUAGCCCCCCAAGGAAGAGUGAUAGACGUAACAGCCCUAUGCGACGGGAUUAUUAUGAGAGAAAGCAAAAACUACAACAAAUGAUGGAUGAUGCCAAAAAACUUAAAGAUGAACGUAUGAAACGUGUAGAUGAUAUCAAUAGGGAAGAAAGGGAGGAAGAAACUAAAGCUGCUGAGCAUAAAAAGCGAACAUAUGAAAGCGGUGUUUAUUCAGAAUACCUAAAAAAUGCUUACAAAGAUGCAUAUUCAUCUAAUUCAUCAUUUGACUUGGGCGAACGAGUACGAAGACAUCGUAGUACAUUACAGAAAGCUGUUGAGUGA